CUACUUCUCAGCGACUGCCCUCGUGUUUUUUGCCUCUGCCUGGUCGCUCAAUUUUCCUCUCCAGAGCCAUGCAUCCCCAGCGCCCUCUUCCCCAGGCCAUGCCUUCUUCCUCUCUGGGACAGCACCUGAGGGACAUGGCCAUGGGUCUGGGACAAGGCAAAAACUUCCUGGGGGGAAACGUUGCUUAUGGUUUCAUCCAGUCUGUUAAGGAGUGCCUCUAUUUCCUGCUGUGCUGCUGGUGCAUCAAAGAGAUCCUGGACUGAGAGACUGAGACAAAUAUAGAUCAAGUGGUCAAGCAUUGAUUUUCUUUCUAUUUUUUCCUCGGUUGACUCCUUGAGUUUGGUUUCAACAACCUUUUAUUUCAUCAGAAAUUGAGUGUUUGAUAAGCAC